UUCCCCGGUCCUGAGAGCGCUCUGUCCCCGGCUCUGUGCUUUCUAGCCCCGGCUCUGUGUACUCAGUGUCCCCGGCUUUGUGUACACUCUGCCCCCGGCUCUGUGCAUCCUGUUCCCGGCUCUGUGUGUUCUGUCCGCGGCUCCAAGUGUCCCCCGCCCCCGGUUCUGUGUGUUCUGUCCGCGGCUCUGAGAGCUCUCUUUCACCGGCUCUGUGUGUUCUGACCCCGGUUCUGUGUGUCGUGUCCCCGGCUCUUAGCGGUCUGGCCCCGGUGCUCUGUGCUCCCUGUCCCCGGUGCUGCGCUCUUCUCUCCCCGCUGCUGUGCGCUCUCUGCCCGGUGCUGUCACAAUGCUGACCCUGGGUCUGGGCUGUGUUCUGCUACAUGUGUUCGUGGUGUUCGGCACCGAGCUGACGUUUGAGCUGCCGGACAACGACAAGCAGUGUUUCUACGAAGAGCUGGAGAAAGACGUGAAGUUUGACAUAGACUUCCAGGUCAUUGCAGGGGGCAACUAUGAUGUGGACUGCUUCGUCACCGACCCUCAGAACAACGUGUUGUACAAUGAAAAGAAGAAGCAGUACGACAGCUUCUCUCACACCACAGCCAUGAAGGGAGUCUACAAGGUCUGCUUCAGCAAUGAGUUCUCCUCUUUUACCUACAAGACGGUGUACCUGGAUUUCCGCCACGGAGAAGAGGAGCCUCUCAUGCCGAACAUGAACAGAAACUCAGCUCUGACCCAGAUGGAGUCAUCUUGCGUCUCCAUCCAUGAGGUCCUCAAGGUGGUGGCUGACUCGCAGACGUGGUACAGGCUGAGAGAGGCGCAUGACCGCACAAGAGCAGAUUACCUGCAUGAGCGAGUGACCUACUGGUCCAUUGGAGAAACUGUCCUGCUGUUCGUCAUCGGCAUUGGUCAAGUCAUGCUGCUGAAGAGCUUCUUCGUUGAGAAGAAAGGCUCUGCCGCCACUCCGGGCUCCUCCUCUCGGUCCACGGCUUCAUUCAUAGACGAACCAGCCCCGGUGAACAUGGCGGGUUUCCUGAAGGCUCUGAUCCCCGCGUCCAGAGGCGCCGCCGCCGGACUGUCCCUGAACCCCGCGGCGGUGUCACCGGCCGCCGCCCUACUCCACAGACCGCAGCGCAGGAACUAUGCAACAAAGCGCAUCAAGGUGGCGCAGCCGGUGGUGGAGAUGGACGGAGACGAGAUGACUCGCAUCAUAUGGGAGUUCAUCAAAGAGAAGCUCAUCCUGCCAAACGUGGCUGUGGAGCUGAAGUACUUUGACCUGGGUCUGCCCUACCGAGACCAGACCGAUGACCAGGUCACCAUAGACUCUGCACUGGCAACUCAGAAAUACAACGUGGCCGUCAAGUGUGCCACCAUCACUCCCGAUGAGGCCAGGGUUGAGGAGUUUAAGCUCAAGAAGAUGUGGAAGAGUCCAAAUGGAACCAUCAGGAACAUCUUGGGUGGCACAGUUUUCCGUGAACCAAUCCUCUGUCGAAACAUUCCCCGUCUUGUUCCUGGUUGGACGCUGCCCAUAACGAUCGGCAGACAUGCUUUUGGCGAUCAGUACAGGGCCACAGACUUCGUUGUUGAGGAGCCAGGAAAGUUCAAGAUGGUGUUUGCUCCAGCUGAUGGAAGCAAGCCGAGGGAGUGGGAGGUGUAUGACUUCCCCGCCGGGGGCUGUGGGAUGGGAAUGUACAACACUGAUGAGUCCAUCACUGGAUUUGCUCACAGCUGCUUCCAGUAUGCCAUCCAGAAGAGGUGGCCUCUGUACUUGAGCACCAAAAACACCAUCCUGAAGGCCUACGACGGCCGCUUCAAGGACAUCUUCCAGGACAUCUUUGAGAGGAAUUAUAAGCCCGAGUUUGACAAGCUGAAGAUCUGGUACGAGCACCGCCUCAUCGAUGACAUGGUGGCUCAGGUCCUGAAGUCGUCCGGAGGUUUUGUUUGGGCCUGUAAGAACUACGACGGAGACGUGCAGUCCGACAUUCUGGCUCAGGGCUUUGGGUCUCUGGGUCUCAUGGCAUCAGUGCUCGUUUGUCCUGACGGUAAGACCAUCGAGGCCGAGGCUGCACACGGCACCGUCACCAGGCACUACCGUGAACACCAGAGGGGAAGACCAACCAGCACCAACCCCAUUGCCAGUGUCUUCGCCUGGACCAGGGGACUGGAGCACAGAGGCAAACUGGAUGGAAACCCUGAUUUGAUAAGAUUCUCCCAGACGUUAGAAAAAGUCUGUGUGGAAACUGUGGAAAGUGGUUUGAUGACCAAGGACCUGGCAGGCUGCAUCCAUGGCUUGGCCAACUGCAAGCUGAAUGAACAUUACAUCAACACAUCAGACUUCCUGGAUGCAAUAAGGACCAACCUGGACAAAGCUCUGGGCAAAUGAUGAACAUUCACUUCCUAAAACGAAGCACGUCUGUGGAUUCUUAGCCUCUUUCACCACUUAGUUAUUGUAUAAACCUUUGUAUCCAAUUUCAAAGGAAACAAGUUUUGUGCCUUUUUGUAUUUGUAUAGCUUGCUUAGUGUUCCUCUGCCUUUUCUCUGCCAACACCUUUUAUUGCACAAAUUGAAUGAUUUUAUUGUAUGAAUCUUUAUUAGUUCUAUUGUUAACUUAUAAUGAACAUAUCAGCCUUUCAAUUUAAUGGAAUGCAUCAGAGUCUCUGAAUUGUCUGUAUAAUUCCAUGUUUUGCACUUUUCUUAUGAAUACAAACAGUCGUGAUUGAUAAUCAAUCACUAACCAGCA